GGUUUUGUCAUUGUUGUAUGCAUGACUUCACAAGUUUCUCGACGUCGAGACGAGCAUCCGUCCGUUUGAAAACCUGCACAACUCAGCCAUCAACACGACGCACUGACGAGCUCACUGCUGGGCCAACAUCAUGACGCGCAUCCUGUCCUUAGUCUUCGCUCCACUAUUCUUCCAGCACGUGUUGUCAUUACAGGUGACUCCGAAUUCCCCUUGUUCGUCUUUCUGCGUCGAUUCCAACGACCUCAACUUUGCCGACCCAAAUUCCUCAAACACGAAAAACAAAGACAUCGUCUGCUAUGACUCUGAAUAUCAGUCGUCCCCCGCCGGGCAGAAAUUCCAGCGGUGUCUCAGCUGUUUGCAGGAUAGCACAUACAGCCAGGGAUCGGAAAGCGACCAGUUGUGGUUCUUGUACAACUUGCGUUACGCCGUGGACUACUGCAUAUUUGGUUUUCCCAACGCAACGAACGUCGCUUCCACACCAUGCUCGACCGAGAAGGCAUGUGGCCAGCUUGAGGGCGCUCUUACUGGCGACCUUCUCAGCAGUGCCAAGAAGGCAGACUACGCCUUCUGCGAUGCCAAUGGGGGCGUGAUGCGCAGCGAGGAGAUCAAGAAGUGCCAUGCUUGCGUGUCUGCUUCGGACGACCAAGACUUUCUUGCAAACUAUGUCGUUGCACUGGAUGCAGGCUGUCAACAACAACCUUCGCAAGGAGUUGCGAUUGGCCUCAGUGACACCGUCUUCACGAAGGAGAAUAUCAACACGGUGGACCCAAGCACGACAAACACGACUUCACAAAAGACGCUGGGAACGCCUGUGCUUGUUGGCAUUGGCAUCGGAGCCGCGGUCGUCUUGCUUCUCCUCGCUGGCAUCAUCUUUGUGUGCUGCAGGAGGCGACGUAACAAACGCCUCCGCCUCGGUGAUGGCGACAGACAGGACAGGAUGACUUCUCAAGAGUAUCCCAUCUCGCCGCUGUCCUUCCACUGUCAAGCGCACCCAAGCGGGUUCGAGCCCACAACACUCAAGGGCUCAGCUAGAGCCACGGUGGAAGAGUCCAAAGUACACCCAGGGCCCAUAGACUUCACAGCCAGCCCCAAGAUGCUCGAGGCGUCCGCGUACGAGAAGCCCAACUACGGUGGCUGGCAGCCUCAGCUACCGAAAUCCCGCAUGGAAAGUAAGAACGACCGAAGUCCUACCUCGCUCAAUAGUAUACAGACAACAAACCCGACCCCUACGAUACCAGGCAAUGUCCACUACGCCUGGUCGCCCCAUAUCACCCGCUUCUCUCCGGUGGAGGAUUUGAUCUCGCCCCAAAGCACAACCAGCACGACGAGCACGACAGCUCUGCUGCCUCUAAAACCAUACAAUCCAGCCGAAUGGGGAAGCCCUGUUGUGUCGAUCGCAGAAGGCGUCGGCGCUGCAACACCCACGAUACCAACGCCCACUUCCGCGGCCACGGCAAGUCCACUACUCGGACGCAGCUGGGGUGACAUACCAAGAAAGUCCUCCCUCCCCAUACAAGUCCUUCGACAACAACCACAGCAAGAAAAGAAAGAGCCGUGGGGAGAACUGCCCCCACGACCGUCUCCAACACCACGGAAAAACACCACAACACUGGAGACGGUGACUCUCGCGGUGGCCGGAGGCAGGACUGCACGUACCGCCACCGCCGCCAUGCCGCCGCCAAAACGGGGGAGCAGUCGCGCUCGCAAUUCCGGGACAAGUCCAGUGGAGGCGAGUCAGAUCACCAUCGCGUUUGCUGGGCCGCCAAAGAGGUAGCACGUUUUCCAACCUCGAGGCACGCAACAAUCAUUAGUGACGCGUGGGACCUUCACCUGAGCUACUAAAGCUUUCUCUUUGUCUGUAUUUUAUAAGCGACGUCAAAUAUAGCGAAUUCAUUAUUCAGGCUCAGUGCAAGAUGAUAGAUACACCUGGUCGUAUGGAAGGAGUGUGCCUGAUUUGGUGUUCUGU